CCGCCCCAGGGGGGGGUCCCGGGGGGGGUCCCCGGGGGUCCCGAGCCCCCCGCCCCGGCCAAGAGCGCGGCGCAGCUGAAGAAGGAGGCCAAGAAAAGGGAGAAAAUGGAGAAAUUCCAGCAAAAGCAGGAGAAGAACCGGCAGCUGCAGGCCCAGGCCCAGGCCAAGGCCAAGCCCGGGCGGGCCCGGCGGGAGCUGCAGGGGCUGCGCUACGAGACCCCCACGGCCCCCGGCUGCAAGAAGGACAUUGGGGGACCCCUCCCCGAGAGCUACAGCCCCGGCUACGUGGAGGCGGCGUGGUACGGCUGGUGGGAGCACGAGGGGUUCUUCAGGCCCGAAUUCGGGCGCUCCCUGGAGCCCCCCAACCCGCGGGGGGUGUUCGUGAUGUGCCUCCCCCCCCCCAACGUGACCGGGACCCUGCACCUGGGCCACGCCCUGACCGUGGCCAUCCAGGACACGCUGACCCGCUGGCACCGCAUGCGCGGCCUGACCACGCUCUGGGUCCCCGGCUGUGACCACGCCGGCAUCGCCACCCAGGUGGUCGUGGAGCGGCGCCUGCAGCGCUCGCGGGGGCUGAGCCGGCACCAGCUGGGCCGCGAGGCCUUCCUGGGAGAGGUGUGGCGCUGGAAGGACGAGAAGGGUGACCGCAUUUACCAGCAGCUGCGGCGCCUCGGGGCCUCCAUGGACUGGGGGCGCGCCUGCUUCACCAUGGACCCGAAAAUGAGCCGCGCCGUCACCGAGGCCUUUGUGAUGCUGCACGAGCAGGGCCUGAUCUACCGGAGCCGCCGCAUCGUGCACUGGAGCUGCGCCCUGCGCUCGGCCAUCUCUGACAUUGAGGUGGAGAAGAAGGAGCUGGGGGGCCGCACCCUGCUCAGGGUCCCGGGCUAUGAGGAGCCCGUGGAGUUCGGGGUCCUGGUGGCCUUCGCCUACCCCCUGGAGGGGGCUGGGGCGGGGGAGCCCCCCGAGGUCGUGGUGGCCACCACGCGCCUGGAGACGAUGCUGGGGGACGAGGCCGUGGCCGUGCACCCCGAGGACCCCCGGUACCGGCACCUGCGUGGGCGGAGCGUGCGCCACCCAAUCACGGGGCGGGUCCUGCCCAUCCUGCACGACGCCUUCGUGGACCCCCAGUUCGGCACCGGCGCGGUCAAGAUCACCCCCGCCCACGACGCCACCGACUUCGAGGUGGGGCAGCGGCACGGGCUGGGCGUGGCCUCGGUCAUCGGGGAGGACGGCGCCAUGGUCAACGUCCCCGCCCCCUUCCUGGGCAUGCCGCGGUUCCAGGCCCGCCGGGCGCUGCUGGAGACCCUCAAGGAGCGGGGGCUGUUCCGGGGGGUGACCGAGAACCCCAUGGUGGUGCCCAUCUGCAGCCGUUCCAAGGAUGUCCUGGAGCCCCGGGCCGUCCCCCAGUGGUUCGUGCGCUGCCAGGGCCUGGCCGGGGCCGCGGCGGCCGCCGUGCGCAGGGGGGACCUGAGGCUGCACCCGCCCGGCCACGCCCGCACCUGGUUCACCUGGAUGGACAACAUCAGGGACUGGUGCAUCUCGCGGCAGCUCUGGUGGGGCCAUCGCAUCCCCGCCUAUUUCGUCACCAUCGACGACCCCCAGGUGCCGCCCGGGCAGGAUGAAGAUGAGCGGUUCUGGGUGUCCGGGCGCUCCCCGGACGAGGCUCGGGCCAAAGCGGCCGCAGCGUUCGGGGUCAGCCCCGAGCUGGUCAGGCUGAGACAAGACGAGGACGUGCUGGACACCUGGUUCUCCUCCGGCCUCUUCCCCUUCUCCGUCUUUGGCUGGCCCGAGCAGACCCCCGACCUGGAGCGUUUCUACCCGGGCUCGCUGCUGGAGACCGGGCACGACAUCCUGUUCUUCUGGGUGGCCCGGAUGGUGAUGCUGGGGCUGGCGCUGACCGGGAAAUUGCCUUUUCGGGAGGUGUACCUGCACGCCAUCGUGCGCGACGCCCACGGCCGCAAGAUGAGCAAAUCCCUGGGCAACGUCAUCGACCCGCUGGACGUGAUCACGGGGGUGUCGCUGCAGGAGCUGCAGCAGCAGCUGGAGAGCAGCAACCUGGACCCGGCCGAGCUGGAGCGGGCGCGCGAGGGACAGAAACGCGACUUCCCCGAGGGGAUCCCCGAGUGCGGGACGGACGCGCUGCGCUUCGCCCUCUGCGCGUACACGGCCCAGGGCCGUGACAUCAACCUGGACGUGCUCCGCGUGCUCGGUUAUCGCCAUUUCUGUAACAAGGUCUGGAACGGGGCCCGGUUCGUGCUCAGGGCGCUGGGGGAGGGGUACCGGCCCCCCCCGGCCUCGCAGUCUCUCCGGCUGUCCCUGUCCGAGCGCUGGAUCCGCAGCCGCCUCAGCCGGGCCGUUCGGGGCUGCGGCGCCGCCCUCGGGAGCUUCGACUUCCCCGGAGCCACCACGGCCGUGCACGGAUUCUGGGUGUACGAGCUGUGCGAUGUCUACCUGGAAUGCGUGAAGCCGGUGCUGGCCCGAGCGAGCCGGGAGGGGGAGGGGCACGACGGGGACGAGGAGGAGGAGGAGGAGGAAGAGCAAGGUGACCCGGAGGCCGUCAGGGCCACCCUGCUGACCGUCCUGGACGGGGGGCUUCGCCUCCUGGCCCCCUUCAUGCCCUUCCUGGCCGAGGAGCUUUGGCAGCGCCUGCCCCGGGACCCCCCCGCGCCCCCCAGCGUCAGCCUGGCCCCCUACCCCGAGCCCGAGGAGUUCCCCUGGCUGGACGAGGAGGCCGAGGCCGCCAUGGAGUUCGUGCUGAGCAUCGUGAGGGCGCUGAGGAGCCUGCGGGCGGCGCACGGGCUGACCAGGCAGAGACCCCCGUGUGAGUCUGGGGGCUUCGGGGG